AGAGCUUAGAGCAAUAGAGCAUUCUAGCAAACUCUUCCGAUCCACAGUAUCACUCUUCCAAAGGCAGCUAAUUAAUUAAGUUCACAAUAUAUAUAUAUAUAUAUAUAUAUAUAUACCACACAUUAAUUCUAGUUCUCUUCCUAACAUGGUAGUGGCAACUCCAAAUACGCUGAGGCGUGGUAACAAGAAAACCACAGGUUUGGGCAUUCCAACAAUUGACUUGUGUGAGAAGUCCAAGGCGUCUGAGAUGAUAGUGAAAGCAUGUGAAGAUUACGGUUUUUUCAAGUUAACAAACCACGGUGUUCCCAAGAAGGUUAUUGCAAGAAUGGAAAGGGAAGCCGUCGACUUCUUUUCAUGUCCCGUUUCUCAGAAACGACGUGCUGGACCUGCAACUCCGUUUGGGUAUGCUUGCAAAAAUAUUGGCUUCAAUGGGGAUAAAGGUGAUCUCGAGUAUAUUCUCUUGGAAGCCAAUCCUCAUUUGCUUUCUCAACGCUCCAAAACCAUCUCCAAUGACCCUUCUACCUUCAGGUAAUUUAUUCUACAAACAUAUUUUUAUUUACUUAAUUAUAUCUAUUUACGUGCGACCAAGCUUGAUUCUUUUCACGACUCAAUCAUACAAAGAUUCUUUUUUAUAAUGGGUGUCACUGAUAUUUUAAUUAGGCAGUGAGAAAAGAUAUACUACUUUAUUUCAUUUUCGACGAGCUGUUCCAGAACCCAAAUUGUAAGUGGUUCAUCAUAAUUAGCUCUAAUACUUCGUACUUGAUUGACAGCCACUUUGUUUUACGCCUUGAGUUUUAUUUUUACCUUAUCUCCUUCAAGAACAAUCACAUUUCUGAUUUGAUUUUAGGAGACCUUGAUAUCACAUAUGCACAUAAUUAAUUCAACGGGCACGUAGCUUUUACAGCUUUUGUUCAUUGGACUAAGUCUAAGUCAUGGAAACAAAGCGUAAUUUAAUUGUUCUUCUGGUCGAUUAGUAUGCUUGCCCCACUUAACUAAAUCAAGUGGGUAUUUAUAUAAUAAUACCUUUAGUGCAUUUAUGAAUUUACGUCGCAUUCGUAUUGUUCAUCUCAUGUUCACGUAAUACUCCAAUAUUAUACAAUUUGGUCCGAUUACAUCAUCAAUAUGUAAGCUGGAGGAAAAGAAUAUCUACUUCUUUCUUGAAGAUAAAUAAGUCUUCUCAUACUGUAGCCAGAGGCGGACUUAGUGCAUAGACUAAAUAAUAACUCUGUUGGGCUAAAACGGCCCAAUGACACUCUUAACAUGGUGUGAUA